AUGGCGGCGGCUGCGCACAUCGAAGGUAACACCGCAGAGGCCAACUCGACGCAAAUCAUCCUUGUGUCACAACCGACGAAAAAUCCAGUCAAGCAGACGCAGGCAUUCUUGUUGAGGAGCCUCAUAAAACAGGCUGUGUGGCUUCUGAGUGGCCCAGAAGAGGAGGAUGUGCCUAAGGAGAUCGAAAAGACUUACCUCACACAAGAUGAUGAGCCCAUGGACACAGGGAAGUGCCAAGAAGUACUCCCAAUACUCCUCCAACAGCUCGCCCAAACUUACGAAAAGACCUUCAUCGUUGUGGACGGUCUCGAUGAGUAUGUGCAUAGCAAAGGAGAUGAGAACUUUCUCCACGAUACCAUAGAGAUCUUUGAUACUCUCAGGCUUGCACUUGAGAGCGUCAACACCUGUCGCAUGUUCGUCACAUCACGUCCGAAUAGCUUGGCUCUCUAUAACGGAGCCGAGGCUAUACAUUUGAAGUACGAACUCAUACCAACCGCGAAGGAUAUCGAACUGUAUGUGGGAAAUUCGCUACGGGAAGACGACUUCGCAUUGUCAACGCUGCUAAAAAACGACAAACCUUUGCGAGUUCACGUUGUCAAAGAAAUCGUAGAGAGGGCACAAGGACAGUUCCUGCUUCCGUUUUGGCAUCUACAGGAAAUCCGGCGAUACGCUACCAAAGAGGAACUUGAGGAAGCUCUAGAGAAUCUGCCGAACAGUGUCGUAGAAGUGUAUAAAACAGCCGUAGAACGAAUAAUCAACAUCACGAAAUCCAAGACCUGGAAACCUAACUCAAAAGUCAUACCACUGACUGGAAUGGACAUCUUGGGUACUGUUCUUCACGCUAAACGCCGUUUGACGCUCCGUGAACUUCAAUAUGCGCUCGCUUUUCGCUUGGGCGAUGCUUCCCUGGAAUCACUUGGUCCUAGAAUAGCACAUGGGGAUGAUCUGAGAAAGCGCACACAAGGACUUGUGGUCAUCCGGGAUGAUGAGGUUCAGCUAGCACACCAAACAGUUCACCAGUAUCUUUAUCACGAGGACGUCUACGCGAAACGAUUUCAGGGAAAAGAGAAGCAUCUCACCGAGAUCUGCUUGCACUACAUUCAGCUGCCGAGCUUCCAGGACACUUGCGAUUCUGAAGCUCAACGAGAGAGCAACUAUCCCUUCCUUCAUUAUGCAGUGCGGCAUGUUGGGGACCAUGCUGCAGCAUGUGUUGGAAGAGACAAAGAUGCAAGUAUCCUGCCGCAAUUACUGGAGCUGUUAAGCAAGAAAGACCAAUUACCUCUCGGUACCCUUCAACUCGUUGCGGCGAAGGUGUUGCAAAGGCCGGUCUCAGUACGCAUCGAUGGCUGGCGGAAAGCUAUCUCGAAUCUUCAUCUGGCAGUCAUUUGGCACAUGAACAUGGCAGUUGAAAGUCUUCUGGAUGCCGAUCCAUCCCACAUUGAUCUGAGAUCGGUGAAGGAAAAGAACGAAACGCCUCUUCAUGUUGCCGCCAGAUCUGCUAAUGUAGUGGCUGUCAAAAUGCUCUUGGAAAGGGGUGCGGAUGUGAAUGCUACUAAUUACAGCGGAAAGACUGCCUUGGACAUGAUCUUGCUCAGGCCGUACAUGAAGGUUCAGAUCAAGUUGGACAAAAGAUCUGCUUUCGGAAACAUCCUCGUGACACUGUUGAUGUUGCGCAUCAAAUCAAACGAUCGUAACAACGAACCGCCCCCACAGAGCAGAAUCGACAGAGUGGCAUUCGAACACGCCCGAAGAUCCGAGGAGAGAUUCCUGGAGGAACUAUUACAGAACAGUGACUCAGAGGAAAGCAAACUCAACAGGCAAAGAUCCUCGGCCUUGGUCCUCAGCAAUGCAGUAGAAAUGGACAUCACGAAAGAAGAGGAGGAGAUUGCCUUGAUGCUCAUCGAGAAGGGUAUCGAUGUGAAUGGUAUGGAACAUGCGUCAGAAACCCCCCUGCAGCUCGCCGUGAUAUACGGAAGACUUAAAAUCGUGGAAGAGCUACUUCAGAGAGGUGCCAAUCCUUUCAUAGACAGAACAAUAGGUUGGACAGCAGUGGAGCUUGCUGAGCAGCUUGGUAACACUAACCUGUCUCGGAUGAUCAAGGAGAAAGAGAGUGAGCUUAUACGAGUCGAAAACGCUCAGGCCAGUUUUGAAGCUAAGUUGGAGUCUCUCACUACUAGGGCUCGCGAUCACUCAGAUGCUCGGACGAUGAGCGAGCUCACCGAUGCCGAAACCCCCAUGUCAGCUGGUGAUGGGUUCAAUGAGCUGACGAAGUCCACUUAUCGUCUUCGGGUGGAGCCUUCGUCUUCUGGUUCUUCUGCAGCAUCUGCAUCACCUUCUGAUGAAGCCGACUCACCAGUCCGGAAUGCACAUCAGGAUCAUUUUCCCAAUAUAGGAGGAUUCGGAACACCGCUGCCUGCACCCGAUACACCUCUAGUCGGGGGAGAACUAGAAAAAGCCCUAUCAACAGGUCCCGAAGAUGUCAUCUCGGAGCUAGCGAGUCGAUUGAAAGCCUGGGAAAUAAGUAUGACAGAAUAG